AUGAGCGCAGCGUUCCCGCCGUCGCUGAUGAUGAUGCAGCGCCCGCUGGGGAGUAGUACCGCCUUCAGCAUAGACUCGCUGAUCGGCAGCCCGCCGCAGCCCAGCCCCGGCCAUUUCGUCUACACCGGCUACCCCAUGUUUAUGCCCUACCGGCCGGUGGUGCUGCCGCCGCCGCCGCCGCCGCCACCCGCGCUGCCCCAGGCCGCGCUGCAGCCCGCGCUGCCGCCCGCGCACCCUCACCACCAGAUCCCCAGCCUGCCCACCGGUUUCUGCUCCAGCUUGGCGCAGGGCAUGGCGCUCACCUCCACGCUCAUGGCUACGCUGCCUGGAGGCUUCUCUGCGUCUCCCCAGCACCAGGAGGCGGCGGCCGCCCGCAAGUUCGCGCCGCAGCCGCUGCCGGGUGGCGGCAACUUCGAUAAGGCGGAGGCGCUGCAAGCCGACACUGAGGACGGCAAAGGCUUCCUGGCCAAGGAGGGCUCGUUGCUUGCCUUCUCCGCGGCCGAGGCUGUGCAGGCGUCGCUCGUCGGGGCUGUCAGAGGGCAAGGGAAAGACGAGUCAAAGCUGGAAGACGACCCGAAGGGCAAGGAGGAGAGUUUCUCACUGGAGAGUGAUCUGGACUACAGCUCGGAUGACAAUCUGACUGGCCAGGCGGCUCACAAGGAAGAAGACCCAGGCCAUGCGCUGGAGGAGACCCCGCCGAGCGGCAGCGCGGCGGGCAGCACCACGUCCACGGGCAAGAACCGGCGGCGGCGGACUGCCUUCACCAGUGAGCAGCUGCUCGAGCUGGAGAAGGAGUUCCACUGCAAAAAGUACCUCUCGUUGACCGAGCGCUCGCAGAUCGCCCACGCCCUCAAACUCAGCGAGGUGCAAGUGAAAAUCUGGUUCCAGAACCGCCGGGCCAAGUGGAAACGCGUCAAGGCUGGCAAUGCCAAUUCCAAGACAGGGGAGCCCUCCAGGAACCCCAAGAUCGUCGUCCCCAUCCCCGUCCACGUCAGCAGGUUCGCCAUCAGAAGUCAGCAUCAGCAGCUGGAGCAGGCCCGGCCCUGA